AUGGCUGAGAAGGAAGGCUCCGCAGUGCCUCCCCAGGCAAAGGGCUCCUGGACGAGUUUCCUCAAGUCCAUUGCCUCGUUCAAUGGCGACCUCUCGACCAUGACGGCGCCCGCCUUUAUUCUCUCGACCAAGUCUCUCACCGAGUUCUCGUCGUACUGGACCGAACACCCCUCCGUCUUCGUCGCACCUGCCGCAGAGAAAGAUGCCGCCAAGCGGGCCAUGCUGGUGUUGAAGUGGUUCAUCAGCACGCUGAAGCAGCAAUACGCCAGCCGCAGCGAGAAGCUGGGCAGCGAGAAGAAGCCGCUCAACCCCUUCUUGGGCGAGCUGUUCCUGGGCAAGUGGGAGGACCAGGCAGGCACGACACAGCUCGUCAGCGAGCAAGUCAGUCAUCACCCGCCCGUCACAGCUUACUGCAUCUGGAACAGCCAGCAUGGCGUCCGUCUGCAGGGCUACAACGCCCAGAAGGCGUCCUUCAAGACCACCAUCAACGUCAAGCUAGAUGCUGAUCUUUCGCAGCAAGUCGGCCACGCCCUCCUCCAUCUCGACGCUUUCGACGAAGACUACCUCAUCACUCUCCCCUCCCUGCACAUCGAAGGCCUCAUCACAGGCUCCCCAUACGUCGAGCUGAACGGCAGCACCUACAUCCAGUCCACUUCCGGGUACACCGCGCGCAUCGACUACAGCGGCAAGGGGUGGGUGUCUGGCAAGAAGAACACAUUCUCUGCCAUCCUGUACCCCGAAGGCAAGGAGAAGGACGUCAUCUACAAGGCAGAGGGACAAUGGACCGACGCCUGGCAAAUCAAGGACGCUAAGACCAAGUCCGUCGUCGACACAUUCGACCCCAAGGUUACAACAACCACGCCUUUGACCGUUGCACCUAUCGAGCAACAAGACGACUUCGAAACGCGCCGCGCCUGGAAGAAGGUUUCCGACGCCAUCAACAAGGGCGACAUGGACGCAACAUCGGCAGAGAAGACCAUCAUCGAGACACGCCAGCGUGAGAUGCGCAAAGAAGAAAAGGACGCAGGCAAGGAAUGGGAGCGCAAGUUCUUCACCCGCUCAGACAAGUUCCCGCUCUUCCAGAAACUGGCCGGCAAAGUCGGCGAGCCUGUCAACGACACCCAAACCAACGGCGUGUGGUCUUUUGAUCAGGAGAAGGCGAGUGCUGCAAAGUCGCCAUUUCAUCCCCAUGUCAACCCACCCAUCUAUGAGAGGAAGUGA